UCGAGUCACUCUGAGUUAAAUCUUCAAGAUGGCGAGCGGUCUCUUCGGCCAUGCGGGCCGAUCUUCGUCGAAAAAUCUCGUCGAAUUCCGCGCUGGAAAAAUGACUAUGAAAGGCACUACUGUCACGCCGGAUAAAAGAAAGGGAAUGGUGUACAUUUACCAGAGUGAAGAUUCACUUAUGCACUUCUGUUGGAAGGAUCGAGGCACGGGAAAUGUUGAGGACGAUCUCAUCAUCUUCCCUGAUGACAUUGAGUACAAGCGCGUAAAACAGUGCACUACAGGAAGAGUGUUUAUCCUGAAAUUCAAAUCAUCCACUCGCAAGUUCUUUUUCUGGAUGCAAGAACCCAAGACGGACAAAGAUGAGGAGUAUAGCACCAAAGUGAACAAUUUGCUGAAUAACCCUCCCACCCCAGGGUCAGGUGGUGGUGGCAGUGGUCUCCCCCCUGCUUUGGCUGGGCUAAGUGAACAGUUGGGUGAUGGUCAGUUGCAAGGCUUGUUGGGAAAUCUGGACCAGCAGCAGUUGCUUCAGUUACUGAGUGGUUACGGAGGAUUGGGUGGGCAUGGUGGGUUGUCCAGUGCUGGCAGCUCUAUAAGUGCACCUACUGCUGCUUCUCCUACGCCCACAAGGGUUCAGUCCUCACCAGGACCCAGGAGCACUUCCUCAGCUUCAUCAUCAGGGACCACCACACCACGCCCUGCAACAGCUACUCCUUCAGUGCCUCCAGCUCCCCAAUCCCGUCCAACACAGCCUCGGCAUGCUGUGCAGCUGACUGACUUACAGAAUAUUCUGUCCAAUAUUCAAGUGCCUGCAGAAAAUGCGGAACAAGCAAGCCGAGAGAAUGUGGAUCUGUCCAGUGUUUUUACUCCUGACUCCAUCAUGCCUUUGUUGUCGGACCCAGAGUUCCGUGAGCAGCUUGCUCCUUUUCUUCCCGCUGGUGAAGAGUUGCCUCAGAGUCCAACUGAGUUGUCAAACACCUUACGCUCACCUCAGUUUCAGCAGGCCUUGGGAAUGUUCAGUUCCGCUCUGCAGUCAGGUCAGCUGGGUCCUUUGAUGGGUCAGUUUGGGUUUAAUGAUGAAGUCAUGGGAGCUGCAAGGAGAGGAGACAUGGUUGGAUUUGUGCGUGCUGUCCAGGAUUCAUCUCGUCCCAGUACUGCUGAUAGUACCAGUACCUCUGAUGCAACAUCACGGCCAACUACAGCUAAUGAUGGUGACCAGGAGACCGAGGACAAAGAUAAGGACGAGGAUGAGGCUAUGAGUUUGGACUGAUUGAAUUGAGUUACUGAUUAUGUGAAGUGCCCUUCAAAUUUCUGUGUGGAAUUGUCAAAAAUAAAUUGUCAACUAGUUAGGUUUUUUUUCCUCACCAUAUUUUGUGUUUUGGUUUCAAAGGAAUGUAGGCAUGAUGGUUGUGUGUUUAUUAAAAUUUACCCUAUAUGUGCAAAA